GCAUUUAUGAGUGUGUAUUUGAUUCCAGGCUGAUCCUGCUGUAGCUGGGGUUCAGUACGACAAAGAGUUCAUUGUAUGCUCUCUUGAUCUACUUUCUGGUCUAGCAGAAGGUCUUGGCAGUGGAAUAGAGAGUUUGGUUUCAGAUUCUUCUGAGGGACCUACUUCUGCAUAGUUGUAUGGAUGAUGCUCCUGAUGUUCGACAAAGUGUUUUUGCCUCAAUUGGAGACCUUGCACAAGGCCUUAUAGCUAUAGGGGUGAAGAAGGAUCAAAUUUUCAUUGGUGACAUAAAUACGCUUUACGAGAGUGGGAAUCCUACUGUGGAUGUGAAAGUUGAUACAUACUCUAAUGUUUCCACAAAAGUGACUUUGAAUGAUAUCUUCCGUAGUAAAAAAGUAGCUUUGAGCUUCAAUAUGAUCACAAGUCAGGAAAGAGAUUGUUGGAAGCUACUGAUUUGGAAGCAAGUUUCAUUUGAAUUAGCAUAAGUUCAUAUUAAUUCCAAGUUUCUCUAACAUGUGUGCUGGAUAAAGAGUGCUAUACUUGAUUUGAACUGAGGAUGAUUGAUCUACAGAAUAAGCAAGGAACUGCAGAUGAAUUAGAGGAUAGAAGGAGUUCUCAAAAUUAUUUGCUGGCUUGCAAAAACCAUAGUGAAUAAGCAAGUAACUGCAAGUGAAUUAGAGGAUAGGAGUUCUCAAACUUAUUUGCUGGCUUGCAAAGACCAUGGAUAUUGUGGGAUUCUUCGUCUUUAAACAUGUAAUAUGUUUUAAUAACGAGAACUUACAAUGGUUGAUUUAGUUGGGAAGCUGCUCAUUCUCUUUUUUAAAUUGUGAAUUGUACAUGUAUGAUCUUAUCUCAAGACAAGUGCGUUUAAUU